CGAGAAGGAUUUCGUAACCCUUGAAUUUGGGGCUUUGGAGAAGGUUACUCGAGAAUUCGAAUCCUUUUUCCGCAUCGCCAACGAUUAUCUUCCUCUCAACCAAGCCGAAUUUUUGUUUUCGGUUUUGUGCAUUUUUGGGGAAAAAGUUUCCUCAAAGGAGUGGUCAGGAAGGGAAAAAAAAAAAAGAAAAAGAAAAAGAAAAAUAUUUGAUGGCUAGUGGGUUUGGGGAAUCAACAACAACGCCGAGAAGAGAGUCUCAUCCAAGCCCAUCUUGCUCAGGGAACAAUGGUUCUAAUGAUGCUGGUGAUUUUGAAUGCAACAUAUGCUUUGAUUUGGCUCAAGAUCCAGUGAUCACACUGUGUGGGCACCUAUUCUGUUGGCCAUGCCUUUAUAUGUGGCUGCAUCAUCACUCUCAAUGUCAAGAGUGCCCUGUGUGCAAGGCCCUUGUGCAGGAAGAGAAGCUGGUUCCUCUUUAUGGCAGGGGUAAGGCUCAGACUGAUCCUAGGACUAAGAGCUAUCCUGGAAUGGAGGUUCCUCGCCGUCCCUCCGGCCAGAGGCCGGAGACAGCGCCACAGCCGCCACCCCAACAGCCGGGGCCCAAUUUGUUCGGGAAUUAUGGGUUUGGGUUGAUGGGCGGAUUCAUACCUAUGGCUACGGCAACAUUUGGGAACUUCACACUGUCCACUGCUUUUGGAGGGUUUAUCCCAUCACUGCUUAACAUUCAAUUCCAACCGUUUCAUGAUGCCACUGUCUAUGGAACAACUUCGGGGUAUCCUUUUGGGUUUACUUCACACCAAGGUGGUAAUCCUCGAGGCUUUACGCAGGCAGCGACACGUCAAGAGCUGAGGCCUGAGGACAAUGCUCUGAAGAAUCUGCUUUUGUUGAUUGGUUUACUUGUACUUAUCACCGUCAUUUUUGUGUUGUAAUGGAUGUUUAGCUGCAGAUCUUCUGUCUUAAUCGAUAUAUCGUCCGAGCGUGUGUGCGCUUUUGUGUGUGUAUACAUGUUCGACGGUUUAGAACAAAGGAUUUUAUGCGCGAGAAUGCUGCCCCAUUGGGUUCUUUGUUGAAUGUGUCAAAACUAAACGAGAAUGUUCAAUUUGUGUAAAUGCUUAUUGCAAGUGUUCCAGCAUGUUUGCUGCUAAUGCG